AUGGGGAGGAUGGAAUGGGGGAGGAAAGAGGCCCUUUGGCAUGUGCGCAAGCGUGCGUUGGAGUUGAGGAAUGCCGUGGUGAGUGAAUAUGAAUAUGGUCGGGACGAGCAAAGAAAAAGGCCGUUGCGCCCUGCAGAUAGGAGAUGCAGAUUGGGAAAAGAUGGAGAUGCCACUGUUACCGUAGAUGCGCAGAUGCGUAGAUGCGUGGAUGCUGCCUCGCUGCGAGUGUGCGCUGUGCGAGUCGGAUCCGAGAGCGCCAGCCCACCCCGGCGCCAUCAUCCCACGCCGGUCCUGGGGAAAACAGCAGACGACAGCGUCGUAGCGCAGCGCCAGUUGCAGCAUCCGGCCAGCACAGCAGCGAACAGGCGGCGCACAGCACAGCGGCGCAUAUUCGUACAGACUGCGGAUAGCACGUUCGGGCAAUCGCUUCUUGUCUCCUCCAGGAUCAGCAGGAUUAGGGGGGAAAACUACCUAAGGCACAGUGGCUCGAGCUGCAGUGCAGUGCGUCCAGCGAGUGCAUUCCGGGGCGUACGAAUACGCGGUAAUUGGCGCCAUCCAUUGGGCUUCCCGCGAGGCCUGCUCUCCAUGCUUGUCGUGGAAAACCACGUAUGUCGGUCUGUCGUGGAUGUGUCUAGGUGUCUAGUCUAUGAAGGUCUGUACCCGUCCCUGUACCUGCCUGUGCCAUUAAGUCUACUGUACCACCCCCGAUGUUUCCUUUUUGCCGGGGUCCGGGCCGCGGAUCGUGUGGGAAGCGCAGGCCAAGGUGAGGCGGAUUGGAUCCUAGUUCGGCUGGAAGAUCGGAUGGAAGCUCGGGUAAGGGCAAGAUGCUACCUGCCAAUCGGUUUCCAAGCGGGGGGACGAUUGAUGACAAAGGGUCAUGGUGUAUGGGUUACGUAUACGCAUGUUUUAACGACCGGUUGUUUCAUUGUGUGCCCGUGUGCGUGCAAACAGAGAGUCGAGAGGCAGCCGGUGAAGCUGAGGGUGGAUUGGAUGAGGAUUGACAACUCACUUAUGGAUGGUCCGGUCGCCGUCGGACCCCGGCUAGACUCCUCCGGCGGCCCAAUCAGCAGCCGCCUGGCCGCACCGCGCGGCUAUUUCUGCAACGCAGCCAACCACAGCGCGGCUUUAGCCACGGCCAGUCAGGCUCGCUCCCCCAGCUUCUCUCUCAAACGCACCCAGCCAGACUUACACCACCUCACACGGGAUGCCAAUCCUCAGCGUCUGCAUCGGCGUCAUGGGGACCGCGGCCGAGGCCUGGCCGCCAAUCAUCCCACGAUCGAACGGGCCCGCGCUCCAUCCGGCCGCAUUCCCAGCGCCCUGGGCGGCGUCUCCCUCUCCCGCAACACCCUGGCCCUUCGCUGCCCACGCGCUGUGUCAAGUGCCGCCGGCCAGAUGCGUCGCCACUGGCCCUUGAGGCUCUCUCCGCCUGGGCCUUCUCGUGGUCGACGCCCCAUGGCGCCGUGGAGCGAUGGCAUGCGACGACCAGUCAAGCCCAUCGGGCCAUGGAUGGGCAGAGUAUGGCCUUCCGGGCGACAGCGGUUGAGCCGGUGCUGAGUCUUUGACGGCGGGAACGAGACGUCCAUAUGGAGAGCCUGGGGCCGCUCGUUUGCCGCCUAAUCCAUCAUAUCGCGCUUCGUCCGUCAGUUUUCUGCUUCGCGUCCCUGAUCACUCUGGGUCCGUCUUCUCCAAACCCAGUUCACUUCCUCUCUCUGUUUCUCUUGUUUCUCUUGUUCCUCUUGUCCUUGCUUCUGUUUCUCAUCUCCUUUCAUCUCACCCCCGCCGAACAAACAAGUCGAUUGUUCACCCGUUUCCUUCCGGCUUUGUCGUACACGCU